AGCCGCCCCUUUAGGAGAGCUUGGCGGUGUUGGCCAAAACGAAAAGAAAAAUCUGUAUCAACGCCUAUAAAGCCAAAACCCAAGUUCUAAAUCGGGAUAAAAAGAAAGAAUUUGAAAAUUAAUAUAAUAAAUCGGAAAAAAAAUUGGAAAUAACGUUUAAAAUUGUGAGUGUAACACAUCAAACCUCAUUAGUUUCUUUUAUCAUAAAAGAAAGGAAAAAAAAAAAAAAAAAAAAAGAAGCCUUCACCACUCAUCGUCCUAGUCCGGCAAGUUCCAUCGGAAAAUCGGGGCUUACGAGAAAUCACCGUCAAGCUGAAGCUGGUGUUGCUGUCGUUGAGUUGUAGGCUGUCAAAGUCGUUUGAUUGAUUAAGUUAGCGCCAGUCGCGCCAUGACGGCUUUAAAAGAAAUUCUCCCUCCUGCGAAAUCGACGACGACUACUUAUUAUGAUCACUCUAAUGACCCCUGGUUCAAGCAGCGGUUCUCAUCAUCCGCCGAGACUGAAAAAGCCUCUGUAAUCAAGCCCAAUCCUGUUCCUCCUUAUUUGAAGCGUGCUGGUUUUGUACCUCGGAAGGUGGAGGAUUUUGGGGAUGGGGGUGCAUUUCCCGAGAUUCACAUUGCACAGUACCCUCUUGACAUGGGUAGGGAUAGAUCAUCAUCCAAGCCCGCAUCCAAGAUUCUUCCGGUGACAGUUGAUGCCCAUGGAAAUAUUGCUUAUGAUGCAAUUGUAAAGCAGAAUGAGAAUUCUAAGAAGAUUGUUUACUCGCAACAUAAAGAUCUUGUGCCAAAGGUUUUGAAGAAUGAUGAUGAGAAAGCUGAUGAUGAGGAGGAUGAGGAGAUGCAGAAUGAAAUUGAAGAGACAACCCAAGAUACAAAAGCUUGUCUUGAGAAGAUUGUGAAUGUGAGAUUGAGUGCCGCGCAGCCAAAGAAUGUGCCUAAACAGUCUUCAGACUCCAAAUUUAUCAAGUAUAAGCCGUCCCAGCAAUCAGCAGCAUUCAAUUCUGGUGCCAAGGAGAGGAUUAUCAGGAUGGUUGAGAUGCCUGUGGACCCACUUGAGCCUCCCAAGUUUAAACACAAGAGAGUUCCAAAGGCUUCUGGCUCUCCACCUGUGCCAGUAAUGCAUUCUCCUCCACGGCCUGUGACUGUGAAAGACCAACAGGACUGGAAGAUUCCACCCUGUAUUUCAAACUGGAAGAACCCAAAGGGUUAUACUAUUCCUCUCGACAAACGUCUUGCAGCUGACGGGAGAGGUCUUCAAGAUGUUCAGAUCAAUGAUAAUUUUGCAAAGCUUUCUGAGUCUUUGUAUGUUGCUGAGCAGAAGGCCAGAGAGGCAGUUGCUAUGAGAUCAAAAGUUCAGAAAGAGAUGCUUAUGAAAGAAAAGGAAAGGAAAGAGCAGGAACUGCGUGCUCUUGCUCAGAAAGCUCGUUCGGAGAGAACAGGUACAGCUGCACCAGCUGCUGUUCCAAUACCUUCUGAGAGGAACACGAUGGAAGCUGAUAUGAGAGGGGAAUAUGAUCGCCCCAGGGAAAAAGAGAUGGAUUUACCAAAGGAGAGCAGGGAAGAAAGGGAAGGACGGUUGCAGCGGGAGAAAAUCCGAGAGGAGCGACGGCGAGAGAGGGAAAGGGAGAGAAGGUUGGAGGCUAAAGAUGCAGCAAUGGGAAAGAAAAGUAAAAUCACAAGAGAUAGAGAUCGUGAUGUCAGUGAGAAGGUUGCUCUUGGUAUGGCUUCUGUAGGAGCAGGAAGAGGGGGAGAGGUUAUGUACGACCAGAGGCUGUUUAACCAGGAGAAAGGAAUGGAAUCUGGAUUUGCAGCUGAUGACCAAUACAAUGUGUAUGAUAGGGGCUUGUUCACUGCUCAGCCUACACUUUCAACCUUGUACAGGCCUAAGAAGGAUGUUGAUACUGAAAUGUAUGGAGGUGCUGAUGAGCAAAUGGAGAAGAUUUUGAAGACUGAUCGCUUCAAACCUGACAAGGGAUUCACCGGUACUUCCGAGAAGAAUGGUGCAAGAGACAGACCAGUUGAGUUUGAGAAGGACACGGAAGAAGCUGAUCCAUUUGGAUUGGAUAUGUUCUUGACACAGGUCAAGAAGGGUAAGAAAGCCAUGGAAAAAGUUGGUAGUGGAGGAACAAUGGCAGCGGCUGGUGGUGGUUCAUUCCGAGAUGACUAUGAAGGAGGAGGUUCUGGGAGAACUCGCAUUGGGUUUGAGAGGGGUCGUUAAGCAGCCUGGUUUUGGACGUAACCAAGGCAGUCCUUUUUUUUCUUUUUUUCUUUUUUGUUUGGCCAUUUUCCCUAAGAAGUCUUUGAAUUACUUUCCGCUAAAAAUAUCCUAUCUUGUAUAAGUGGCCGGUGAAAACAACUUAUAAUUUUCUGCUUUAAGUGCUCAAUUUAAGUUUAUUUGACCUA